CGCCCCGGUUGAGUCCGGCUGGGGAAGAAGGAGGCAGCCAGGCAGCGCCCUCCUCCUCCUCCUCCUCCGCCUCCAGCCCUAGCCCAAGCUCUAGCUCCAAAUCCAGCUGCAGCUCUCGACUCCAGCUCCAUCGCCAUCUCUAGCUCUAAACGUAGCUCCGGCUCCAGCUCCCUUUCCUCCUCCUCGCAAUCUCCAUCUGGCUCCAGCCUCUGAGUCUAGUCCUGGCUCCACCUCCAGCUUCGCCUUUCAGCUCCAGCUCCGCUGCCUUGGUCCUGGGGCCCCGGGGACCGUCGCCCUGCGCGCCUGCCUGCCCUCCCUCCGCCCCAGCCCCAGCCCCCUGGAUGCUGCCGCUUCGCCCUCCGGAGCCCCGGCAGCAGCGGCAGGAGAAGGAGAAGGAGGAGGAGGAGGGCGGAGGAGUAGCAUGCUGACGCGGGUCAAGUCUGCGGUGGCCAAUUUCAUGGGCGGCAUCAUGGCUGGAGGCUCAGGGAUGGAGCCCGGAGGAGGAGGCUCCCUGGAGCUGCCCCUGCGCUUCCCCUACGGCCGCCCGGCCUUCCUGGGCCUCUCCCCGGACGAGGUGGAGUGCUCCGCCGACCACAUCGCCCGCCCCAUCCUCAUCCUGGGCAAGGAGAGCCACCGCCUGCCCUGGAGCACCGGAUACGCCGAGGUGAUCAAUGCUGGGAAAAGUACACACAAUGAAGACCAGGCCAGUUGUGAAGUACUUACUGUAAAGAAAAAAGUGGGAACAAAUAAUUCCACACCAAACAAAAACUCUUCUAGCAAACGGAGAUCUUCAUUGCCAAAUGGCGAAGGCUUACAGCUGAAAGAGAACUCAGAAUCAGAUGGCAUCUCUUUCCAUUACUGGUCAUUAUUUGAUGGGCAUGCUGGUUCGGGGGCAGCCGUUGUUGCUUCGAAGCUGCUUCAGCAUCACAUUGUGGAGGAGUUACAGGAGAUUGUAGACAUCCUGAGAAACUGUGCUGUCCCUCCCCCUACCUGCUUGGGGGAGGAUCCGGAAAGCAUGAAUGCCAACAGCCGAACUCUGACUAGGGCAGCCUCCUUACGUGGGAGCACUGGAGCCCCAGGAUCACCCGGCACUCCUCCAACUCGCUUCUUUACUGAGAAGAAGAUUUCUCAUGAGUGCCUCAUUAUAGGGGCAAUUGAGACAGCAUUCAGGGAAAUGGAUUUGCAGAUAGAGCGAGAAAGGACUGUGUACAAUAUAUCUGGUGGUUGUACAGCUCUUGUUGUGGUGUGUUUACUAGGAAAGCUCUAUGUGGCAAAUGCUGGCGAUAGCAGGGCUAUAAUAGUCAGAAAUGGGGAAGUCAUUCCGAUGUCAUCAGAGUUCACUCCAGAAACAGAACGCCAACGUCUUCAGUAUCUGGCAUAUAUGCAGCCCCACUUGCUGGGAAAUGAGUUUACACACUUGGAGUUUCCAAGGAGGGUUCAGCGUAAGGAGGUUGGAAAAAGAAUGCUCUACAGAGACUUCAACAUGACUGGCUGGGCAUACAAAACCAUUGAAGAGGAUGACUUGAAGUUUCCCCUUAUAUAUGGUGAAGGCAAGAAGGCUCGUGUUAUGGCAACAAUUGGGGUUACGAGAGGACUUGGAGACCACGACCUGAAGGUGCAUGACUCAAACAUCUACAUCAAACCAUUUUUGUCCUCAUCACCUGAGGUGCGAGUAUAUGAUCUUCUCCAUUAUGAACAUGGCCCAGAUGAUGUGCUGAUUUUAGCUACAGAUGGACUCUGGGAUGUACUAUUAAAUGAAGAAGUGGCAGAAGCUGUGACUAACUUCCUGCCAAACUGUGACCCCGAUGAUCCCCACAGGUACACAUUAGCAGCUCAGGAUUUAGUAAUGCGAGCCAGAGGAGUACUGAAGGACCGAGGCUGGAGGAUAUCCAAUGAUAGACUGGGUUCAGGAGAUGACAUUUCUGUCUACGUCAUUCCUUUAAUACAUGGAAACAAACUCUUGUAAAACAAGCACCAAUACUAGUAAUAGGGAAAGCUUGCUUUUUAGUAACAAUCUGUGGAAGAGAAAAGCUAUCAAGAAAUGAGAAUAUAGUGUUUCUAACAUAUAUAUUCUGAACUGAGUUUGAUUGGUUAUUUCUACUUGAAAUGUAGGGGCUGAAUUGUACACGAGUUAAAGGCAUCUCUUAGAAGUUGAAGCUUCCCUAUGUUUAUGUUUCUGGUACAUAACAGGAUCAGAAAUUUAUGCUGCUAGUGUAUUAGUAAUUUCUUUUUAAUGUCCCUCCUGGUGAGGACCCAAUUGUGAUCAGAUAGAAGAAUUUAUCUUUCCCAGUUUGAUGUAGCCUGAAAUGCCACUGGAGAUGUGAAUUGGGAAUACCAUAGUUGAAAAUGAUAAGGCAGCCACUAUUUCCACGAGUCUCAGCUGAUUUUACUUUAGAAUGACUUAAAUUUCUAUGAUAUUAAGUUAAAUUGAGACUUAUACAUUUAAUUAUUGUUUGUUCAAAAGUACUUGAUGUUUCAGUGGAGAAAAUCUUAAGGGUUUUAUUUAUAUACAUGUGUUCAACCUUUUUGCUCCUUUACACUGUCAUAAAAAUCUUGGUAUAUCACAGGCCCUUUUAUGUCUUUAGGCAAUAAAGCCAACUUUUUCUCCGGACUUAGUCCAGCACAUGUUGGUAAAGUUGCCUAAGAGAACAGUGAGAUUGAUUGAGAAAUGUAUUCUUGUGUUAUUUUUUGUCAAAAUUUGUGUAUGUGUAUAACUAUGAUGUAGCAGAUUGGGAAGAUUGUUAUUUUAGAAAGAUGUCCCUGGAAAUCAAAAAAUUCCAUUGACAACAGAUAUUUUUCAUUCAUUGAAUGCUUCUGUCUCCUCAACUUACAUCCUGUUGAAAGGAUUGUUAUUCAAGUACUGUUUUGUUUGUUGUUCUUGGUAAAUUUUUGUCUUCUUAGUAACUAUCUAAUACUCAGAGUUUUCCUCCAGAAGAAUAUAUUUUCCUCUUUCCUAUCAGUUCCAACAUUGCUUCCUUAAACAGCUUCUGUGACGUUAUAUCAAGAGGUAGCAAUAUUUCUAACUGUAAAUCCAAAUGGGAAAGAAAUGGCUGUUGCUUUUCAGUACCUAAGUUGUCUGUACAUUAGUGUAGUAUCAGAAUAGAUUGCAGCAAAUAUCUCAGUAAGAAACAUGUUCAAGGUCUUUAAGUUUACUUGUACAUGCAUACAAAUCACUUCUUUUAGGGUGGGAUUUAUGAAAACCAUAUUUUCCCCCUUCCUAAACCACCAUUUGAUUGGUUGCCAGUGACUAACAAUUUGGUGACUCAGGUGUUACUUUCCAAGCUGGAAACUACUGAAACCUAUUCUUGCAUGUCAUUUUUUAAAAGUCAUUUUGGCUAGCUGGGAAGACAAUGAACUGACAGAAAUAGUCGACAAACAAUGAACGAUCUCAAAAGUGGUAAGAUCUUCCCAAAAUUGAAGCUGCCAACUGACAAGAGACACUCACUACAUGGUCUCAUAAGUCUCGUCAUAAUAUAAUUAACCUGCAAAUAAACACAUCAUGUCCUGCAUACUUGUUAGACCCAACUAGAGCAGAUUGAUUCAGUCGGUGGACUUUUGUGUUGUGUCAUUACUAUCAGUUGAUUCAGUGGAUUGGGAUUUAUUACUAAGAAUAAAGGAAUAGUAUUUUACUGAAACAGGCAUAUCAUUUACUCCACUAAACUUCACAUACUAUCUUUGCAUCAGAUAAGAAAGGUCUCUUUCAAAAAGCUGUUACCACAGUAAAUAAAAUUUCAAUCUAAAAUGGAACCAGCCAAAAGAUAAUUAUGAGCUUCAGACAUGACAUAAAUCAGAAUGCAAUAACAUGCUUUUGUAGCAAGAUAUCCUGAAAUCUGCAUUUCCAUAAAAAGAAAUGCUUCAUCAUUCAAAAUCUUUUUACAAAUCAAUAGUAUUUCUGACAUUUAUUUCCAAUAAGGUUUCUACUAUAAGCUGAGAUCAUGUUACUUCCUUUUACCUUUGUCGCCCACUCCCAAAUAAUCUGGUGUGGAUUUGGUAAUACACAUUUGUGUUCUUUAUUUCAGACGAAAUUCUAAACUAAGCUCCCAUUAAGCUUCAGUCUCAUUUCAUUACUUUUUAUAAAGUAAAUCUUAUGGUUAUGGAUUGUAUCAGUGUCACUUUGUAAUGCAGUCUGGGAAAGGCACUACUGUAUUGUCUUUGUUCAUUUUGUUUCAUGACCACAUGAUUACCAAAGUACAUUCUUUUAGUAAAGUAUUUUGUAAUGCAUUUGCCUCUUGAAAUAUAAAAAAGAAAGUCCUUAGUGGCUAACUAUGCUAUCGGUACUAGCCAAAAUAAGAUAAUUUUUGCCAGCAAAAAAGCACUGUAGAUUAAAUUGUCAUUGUUCUUUACUAUGAAGACACAGGCAAACCCGCCAGGGGUGUGUGUGUAUGAGAGUUGCUCAAGGGGUGUGUGAUACUUGGAGGCUCUGAUCCCUCCUACUACUCUUCUUCCUAAACUUUUAUGUGUAAAAUUUACACAUGCGUUGAGUUCAAAUACAGUACUGAAUUUACUUAAAUAAAACUGUUCUAAUUUGAAUGUUAUUACCUUAUAAAAUGUUAAGAUAUGGAUAUACAUGAAUGUGCAAAUGAAAAUAUGCACAUUAAAUAAGCAAGAUAUUUUUAUUCAUAUAUUACAUCUUGGGGGGGGGGGCACAACGUCCACAUGUAGAUGUAAAGGGAGGGGAUCCUAAGGGUAAAAGGUCUGAGUACCAUUUCUCUAUUUGAUUACAACUCUGCAACAUGUUCGUCUGAACAUCAAUAUCAUUCAAAAUAUCCAACAGCUGGAAUUCAAUCCAUUUGGCACCAAUAGAUCCCACAAAUAGAAUGUUCCUUUUUAAUUAUAAGUAAUCAAAAAAGGUACUUAUCUUAAGCAUUUAAAUAAAACGGUAUUCUCUGUGAGUCUGUGUUGCUCCAUCCAGAUUUGGGGGCACAGUUCAAAUGCUACUUUAUUUGCAUAAUGUCCAACGGAAGGUAAUAUUCCCCAAAAUAUUGUAUUUUAAGAUGUAGCUAUGGAAGACUGAAAUUUUUUAAAAUAACAUUUUCAAAAGGAACGUAUUGAUGCUCAGGCAUAGGAUUUAACCUAUUUUAAAAAGCAAUACACCUGGAACUUCUUGUUUUACAUCUCCAAAUUACCAGACCAAAUCACCUUAUUCCUUUCAAUGGCUUUGUCUAAGUAAUGCUGCAUUGACUGCAGAGCACUUUUGGAAGAGUGUCAAACCCUACUCAGGAUACCUAAAGAAAAUGUAGACAUUUUGUGUUUGAUGCAUGCAAAAUGAAACUUCAUCCCCUUAUCCUGAAUGAAAUCAGAAAUGUAAGUGGCAGUGUUUGCUUUUGUCCCUCUCUGAAAGGUGCAGUCAGUCAUCAUUUUUUAUUCAGUCAGAGUUCCUUUGUUCAUAAAAUACUUCUUUAUAUAAAAUAUUUCAGUUCCUGUCUAAAAGAAAUGCGUUUGAAACAGCCAUGCACUUUCCAGCUGAGAGUAUUUUAAGAGCCUGUGGCCAGGAUCUAAAGAAGCAUGAAUGGUCCUACAUCCCUCAAACUCUUGUUCCAAAUUUGGGAGUUGCAUCCUGUGAACUGCAAUUGGCUGUCUUUAAUUUUUUGCCCCACAUCUAUAGCUUGUGCUCUGAGUCGCUGUGGGGAGUUGGAUUUCAUGCCAAAUGCUGUUACUAGGCUGUGACAUGAAGCAUUUACCAAGCCCAGCAGAAGGCUAUGCAAAUCGUUAUUUCCAGUUUUGAUGUUGGAAAAGGCAGGUUCCACAGAAUGACAAAAUUCUGGUCACACUUCCAUAUGAAACCUUUGUAACUGAGUACCACUGAGUAGUAAUACUUAAAAAAUAAUUUCUCCUCUGACAUGAAAGAAUUUAGUAGUGUCCAGAAAUAACCGAAGUGCAUUCACUGUGCUGCUGCUUCAACAGUUGCAUAAACUUCCUUUGAUAAUCAAGUUUAAAAAGUAACCAGGUUACAGAGCAAAAAUUCAUGGUAAAAAGUUAUUGGAUAUUAAGAACUCAUCAAUACAGUUGAGAAAAAUGGGAGGAUUGAAUGAAUUAUCAUUGGGCCAUGAUACAUGCCAGCAGUGUUGGUAAUUGAUCUUUGAAAUAACCAAUCUAAAAGAGAACUGUCAAAAACUCACUUUUCAUGGUUUCUGUCUCUCAAAAUUAGAAUUUGAAGGGCUUUUAGGCAAAGAUUAAUGAGAGAUAGAAGAAACAUGUUUGUGUUAUGGAGCAGUUUCAGAUAGACAUAUGAUCAGUGAUAGGAACUCAGAGUGCAAAAUCUGUCUGUGAUAACACUGAUCAAAUCAAUGAAGAACUACAGACCAACUGCAUGGUUGUUUUUCUUUCAUCCCUCAUUUUUUAAAGGACUGAAACAAACUUCCAGUCAUUCAUCUCCUUUCUACUAUUUCCAUUCCAAAGAAAUAGUUCAGUUUAUGCAAAAAUUUCCCUUUGCAAGCCAACAUUUCUGUUGACAAGUUCAUCAGCCUUUGAAUGAGUUACCCCUUCUUUCUAAUCCUGACAAUGAUUAGGCUUGUUUUGUUUAAAGUCCAAAUAAUCCAAGAAAGCUCCCUUUCAAUACAGUAUUCACAAAAUACCUAUGGGGAAAAAGGCAUCAAUUAAAAAUCAGGAAUCUCAUAAGGCUUUUGGAAUAAGUGGUCUUAGUCAAUAAACUUUUCAAAGAUUUCGUGACGAGAAGGUUCCUUAAAAUUUUCUGGAAUGGUGUCCCAAACAUUACAGGUUGAGCUUUGAUUCUUGUCUUUCUAUACACUACAUCCCCUCCCAAAACCCAUUUCAGUUUGCUUGCCCAUGGCAUAUGUACUCUUGUUGUUUGCUUCUUAUAUUGUGAGCUAUGAAAAAUUGCACUCUCUUCCAAGCCUGCUUUUAACAGUUUCCUGUUGUUUGAAAACGAUGCUCUGGAAAUGAUGUAGAUAGUGGCCAAAUACCUCUUUAAUAAUUCUGCCAAAUUCUACCUAAUAUUAUACUUGAAGGAGGCUUUUCCCUGUCAACCUCCAUUUUGUUUUGCCAUUCCAUUGUAUUCCAUUUUAAUUCAGCAGCCGAGAUUUUCUUCAUUCCUUUGUUGGCAGUGACUGUACUUAAGGAAUGUACCGUUUUCUAGGCUCAGCAUUCCAAACGAAGAAAAGAGUCUGUUGGAUUUAAAAGGGAAAAAGUGGAGGGAGGAUCAAUGUACUUAAGCGUUGUGACUGUGAAAUGUCAAAACUUUUUGUAACCUGAGAACAAAAAUGUUUAGUAAAGGGAUAUAUUUUAUGUGUUUUGAAACUUUUCAGUGAGAUGUAAUAAAGAAGGGAGCUGGAAAAAAUGUAUGCGCAACAAAUGUUUUAAAAUGAAAUUGUAUAAAAAUAAUAAACAUAAAAACCUA